AGGGAACAAAGUUGUGUGCGGUCAAUUUAAUUGAUAUUUUCUGGCUCGAUGUAGUCGACAUUCAAGACAUAGACGUGCUGCGGAACAACAAUGGAACAUACAGCAUCGCAGCCUGUGGCGUAGGUUUACAAAUGCUGACUUUGAAAUCCCUUUGUCCGUAAUUCCCGACCUAAAUUCUGACAGAAGGAAAUAUUUUUCGUUGGGUUCGCCAAGAAUGACAGCCCGUUAUGCAUUGGCCUCGACAACUCAUCAAAGAAAGAAUAUUGAUGUUCAAGUGAUGGAAAAGUUUUAAAGCAUUUGGAAUUUUUUUGACCGAGGAAAAUGGUUUUUGGUUUAGAUUUUUUGUUGCUAAUACUGCGGUAUAUACAUCUCGAAAAUGUAUAUAGAUCAGUGUAACAAAGAGUUACGAUUUUAUCAAAAUUUAUCCCAUUUCUAACCCUGGAGACUGCGCACGAGUCCUUCGAUGUUAGCCAAUCAACAUCGUCUUAGCGGCAAGCAGAGCUCGUUUCAGCCAAUAGCUUUAUUUUAUUUCAUUUCAAUUUUUUAAAUUUUUUUUUACAUGACGUGUCGUGAUUAAUUACCUAAGAUUGCUGGCUCUUAAGUUUGUUUACUUCCUGAUUCAAGAUGGCGGCUGUUUCAAGCGUGAAGAUUUUGCGUAGCAAAUUUAGCGGCUGUCUCCUUGGGGCGCUGUUUGGCGAUGCGUUGGGGGCAGAGUUUGAAGGCUACUAUUGGAUGUCACCCGUACCCGAGUGGGCAUUUGAAGUUUUUUCUGAAGAAAAGCUUUUGAACUUUCGGGAAAUGGAUAAACCCCGUUUCAAAUUCACUGAUGAUUCAGCCAUGAUGAUGGCCUUGUGUCGCUCCUUGCUGUCCGAAAAGACGCUUAACAUCAAGAAACUAGCUCGGGAAUACACCGAGACGUUUUAUCGUGAGCCAUAUCGUGGUUACGGAGGUGGAGUGAGAAGUGUUUUUCGCAGAUUACGAGAUGAAACGUUCAAGGAUGUCACCCUGCCAGCACGAGAGCAAUUUGACGGAAGUGGCUCGUAUGGCAACGGAGCUGCAAUGAGAGUCGCUCCUAUCGCUUUGUUCAACCACGAUAACCUCGAGGAGCUUAAGAAAAAUUCCGCCCAAAAUGCUCUGGUAACGCACGCGCAUGCGCACGGCAUUAACGGUGCGGUUCUUCAAGCAAUGGCGGUUUACGAAUCAUUGCAAACACCGCCAGGAACUCUUGAUGUUGAAGGAUACAUCGACAAAAUGAUCGCUGCUGCUGAGGAGUUGGAGAGGGUCGACGUGGAGAGUGUCGAGGUGGAGAAUGUCGAGGUGGAAAAUGUCGAGUUGAAUGAACCAGCAGAAAAUUCCAACAUUUGCGAUGCUUUUUCUCGGAGGCUUUUGUAUUGUUUCACACUCGGAAACAGUCGAUCGAACGAUGAAGGUCGAACACCCGACGAGGAACAACGGAGAUAUGACAUAUACAUAAGCCCCAAGUCGUAUGUAGAUCAGUUUCGAAAUAUCAAAGAAAUGUUAGUGGGAUCCAAAGGCAACCCAAGCACUCGACAAGUCAUUAAUACCUUGGGCACUGGCAUAAAGGCCAUCGAGGCAGUUCCAGCUGCGAUAUUUUCUUUUCUGUACAAAUCUGAUGCCUGUGUAAAAGAUGUCCUGUUCUACGCCAUGUCUCUGGGUGGCGACACUGACACCAUUGCAUGUAUGGCGGGCGCAAUCGCCGGAGCGUACUGGGGCCGAGAAAAUAUCCCGGAGGAUUGGUACCCAGUCACAGAGGGGGUGGAAAAGAUGACCCAGUAUGCCGAUGAACUUUACGAGUUGCGUGUUCCGCAAAGCACUGGUUAAAAAGACUACAGAAUAAAUGAAGUCCUUUCAAAGAUCUUUUAGACGCUGAUUGUAGAGGGCCAAAGUGUUUAGUGACUGAGUUUUUAUCGGUCAAAGAGAUGCGAUGCAAUAGAAUUUUAUUUAAGGAACAUAGAAACCUAUAGUAUGGUGUCCGUUUUUCCGCUAAUAAUGCAACACACGACGCAACGCUUUUUAUACAAUAAUGAAAAUGUAAUAUAGUACAAAAUCAGUAGUUGAUAGUUGUUCGAAGAUUUUCAUAAAAAUCUUGUAUAAUAACUAACAUAGACGAUGUGAAAUUCUUUUUUUAAUUGAAACCAGUCUUCGAGCCGUCAUUUGAACGGUGUUUCAAGAAGGCAUCUGGGCUAUA